AUGGACGGCAUGCGUGCGCACCUCGCCAACCGUCUUCGCAGCUCGUCGCUCUCGGCGGUCCCUCCACCGCGACAGAGCUCAGAUUACUCAGACGACCUGGCCAAGACGGCUGCCUCCAUUCUCUACCGCAGUCCAAUCCCCUCCCGCGAAGGCCGCCCCGUGUUCAUCCUCAACGCGGCGGCGCUCCCGGACACGCACGACACGGACUUUGACCAGCUGCUGCCGUACGUGCUGGCGCGGCUGCCCGAGGAGGACGACCUGCUGAAGGGCUUCGAGUACGAGGUCGUCUUCUUCGCGGGCGACGGCGAUGGCUCGGUCACGGCGCGCAAGCACCGGCCCGGCUGGGGCUGGUUCCUGCAGGCGUACCACGUGCUGUCGCGGGCCAUGCGCAAGCGGCUGCAGCGCCUGUACAUUGUGCACGAGAAGGCGUGGGUGCGCAUCCUGACCGAGGUCUUCUCGACCAUUGUCAGCCCCAAGUUCCGGCGCAAGAUCCACCACGCCUCCAGCCUGACCCAGCUCGCGCUCCACAUCCCGAUCGAGAACCUCCUCAUCCCGCCCUCGACCUACCUCACCGACCGCCGCAUCGCCGACGACAUCUUCGUCCCGUAUGCCACCGGCCGCCGCGCCUUUGCCGCGCGCAACCCGUUUCCGUACACCAGCAGAGGCACCACGCGCUUCCCCCGGGUGCUGCGUGAGACGACCAGCUUCGUGCUGCUGGAGGCGAACGUGACCUCCGAGGGCCUGUUCCGCAUCCCCGCGCACUCGAAGCUGCGCGAGGUCCUCAAGGAGGCCUACGACCGCGGCCAAAAGUACAUUGUGUGGAAAGACAACGGCGUCGCGCUGCCCGUGCCGCCCUACCCCGAGGCCGAGCACCAGGACGACAUCAUCGACGAGGUGGACACCCGGGACGCCUACUCGGUCUUCAUGGCCGCGGCGCUGAUCAAGGCCUGGUACUCUGGUCUGCGGCAGCCCGUCUUCCCGCCAGAGUCGUACAGAGACUUGAAGCGGCUGUUUGGCGAUUCGCAGCAGAUUCCGCAUCUCGACCAGCUGCGGGACCUGUUCUCGCCCAGCUCCGAGUGGUCGUUCUUGCCCGCGAUAUCGAGGGAGAUUGCAGUGCGACAUUUGCUGCCACUGCUGCACGAGGUGUCGUCGCGGCAGGAGCAGAACAAGAUGACGGCCGAGAACUUGGCUGUCUGCUUUGCGCCGGCGCUCCUGUGUGGGCCGGACCAGAUUGAGGAUGCCAAGAUGUCUUCCAUCAUCCGCAGGAUCUUCACCCGUGCCGUCGACCUGUGGGGCCACGGUCUACGAGAGGCGUGCGGCCAGGAAGCAGGCGCUUUCAGAGACCAGCUCAAGCAGGCCAGCGACAUGAGCGAGUGGGAGGACCCAGUCGAGGUCAGGACAGCCGACGCCAGGGACUCGAUUGACGAGCAGAUGAGCGGCAUCACGUUGCACGACAACGAGAAGGCGCCCGAGCCCUACACCGACUACCCGCAAGCCACGUCGUCGGCGACAAAACCGCCUCCCCUCCCUCCCCGGUCUCGCGUGCCCUCGGCCAAGUCCUCGGGCGACUCUGUUCACAGGAAACCAGCACCUCCGCUGGCAGUGCCACCGCGGUACUCGACAGUCGUCUCAGACGCGCCCAACGACGUGGCCGAGUCGCCCUCGACAUAUGCAGCAACCACGGACGGCUUCGCGCCGCGACGACGAGAGUCUGGCCAAGUGCAGAGGGCAGCAUACCCCGACGAGGACAAGUGCGGUACGGCAGCUCAAGUCCCCAUCCUUGCUUGUAUGAGUUUUGCACAGGACGCGAAGCCCCCUCUAUCGGCUGCGCCCGCUCCCGCUCCUGCUUCUGCUCCUGCUCCUGCUUCUGCUCCUGCUUCUGCUCCUGCUCCUGCUCCUGCUCCUCACAUGACGCUCGCUAAGAGGAAAGCCCUGACCCCCGCGCAGGUUGACAACGCAGACAAGUCCGACGUAGCACGCGAGCACAGCCCCGACGGCAUCUCUGCAGCAGACACGCGGAGACGCAGCGUCUCCGGCGUCACGCGCGCGCCCCAGUUCACAGCCCUCGCGCGCCCCGUCCACCCCACCCCGACGCCCACGCACCCGUUGACCGGCCGGCCGGCGAGCAAAUCCACCUCCCUUCCGGUCGCGUCUGGGCCGCGGCCGCGCACCGUCAGCCCGGCGCUGCUGAAGCGCAUGCCCAGCCUCGAGCAGACGCGCAAGCCGGCGGUGCAGGGCGAGCGGUUGGCGCCGCGGGGGCUGAACGUGAAGAAGACGAGCGUGGAGGAUUUGCGGCGGCUGUAUGAGGAGCGCGCGAGUGGGGAUGUGGGGGUGCUGAGCGUGCGGCAAGGGGGCCCAUCCCUACUCCCCCCUCCCCCUCCCCUCCUCCUCCUCACCGUCAAACACAACAUGCACACCCACAUCCCGCAGCCUCCUCCGAACAUCCUGGAACCUCUCGCUAUUCCUCCGAAACUCAUCGAGCCCCGUCCCCGCGUCGCGCAGCGCAGCAACGAGGCUGUCCUCGGCCAAGCCAGCAUCAACAAGGCCCUCGAUGUCGAUGGACUGGAAGUAGGCGCGCAGGCGCUCAAGGAUGAUGUGGCGCGCGAGAUGUACGUCGUCGAUCGGGGCGAGCCAGUACGGGGCUGCGGCGUCGGGCAGCGGGUCUUCAUCGUUGAAGGUGUGGAUAAUCUCGACGAGCAGCGAGGUGGCUUCGGUUGUGUUCCAGAGGUCCUUUGCGCGCGGGGCGUAGAGCUGGGUGAGCAGCUCUUGGUGCGGCGUGUGUGGCUCGAGGCCCCAGACGGGUUUCGGGAUGGGGGCGAUGUCGAGCUCUUUGCACAGACGGGCGGCCAGCCAGGGGUAUUCGCGGACUGCGUUCCUGAGGCUCGAGCGCGCCUUGACGGGGUCCUUGAGGCGCACGUGUGCGAGCGCGACGGAGAAGGCCAUGUUCGGCGGGACCUUCCACGCGCGCUCCAGGACAUCGCAGGUCGAGAUGGCGAGCAGGGAUUCCGGGCUGCGCCCGCGCAGGGCCAGCUGGUCGACCAGCAGCCGCACGCAGUAGGGGUCUUCUUCGGGCGAGAGCGAGAGCAGCAGCCGCGCCCACUCCAGCGCGGUGCGGAACGUGGCGCGCACGCAGAGGGUCGCGAUAUAGCGCCAUACCGCGAGGAAGAACUCGCGGUUCUCCGGGCGGCGGAACGAGAGGCGCGCCUUGCCUGCGGCCAGCGAGGCGGCGAAUGUCGAGUGCACGCUGCGGCCGAAGGUGAAGAGGGCGCGUUCCAGCAGGUCCGAGGCGGAGGCGUUGUCGCGCUGCUGCUUUGCGAUUUCGCUGACUUGCAGCAGCGUCGAGAUGUGGUAGGGGUUCGCGUGCAGGAGCUGCACCAUGCGCUCGGGGUCGUAGCUGGCGACGGCGACGUGGAACUGGCGCUGUGUUUCCUGGUAGGCGGAGCUGUGCACGAAGCGGUACUCGAUGCUGCCGACGUCGUGCUUUUCGACCACCUCCAUGCCCAAGCCGCCCGAGGUCGCGCGGGGCCACUCCUCGUUGCCUUGGAUGAAGAGGUUGCGCCGCAGACUGAGGCCGGCCAGGCGCGUCCCGGGUUGGUUGCGGGCGUUGACGCGGGCGGCAAUGCCCUGGGGUCCGCGGGGGCGGGGCUCGUCGUCGUCAGCGUGCUGCAGGGCGGUCCUGCCGAAGAGCCUCUUCAUCUCGUUGGCGGCGUAGCCUGGUCGAUCUCGUCGAGUCCAGAGUCUGCGGCGUCCCCUUGCGGGGUGGCCGUCUUGCUGUGGAUCUUGUCCUUCUUCUUCUUCUUCUUCUUCUUCUUUUUGGUCUUCUUGGAGGGGUUUGGCGCUGGCGCUGGCGUUGGCGUGCUUGCGACGGCGGGCUCAUCUUGCUCGUCCUCGUCCUCGUCCUCAUCCUCGUCGGCGGCGGCGUCUCCCAGCAUGGCAAAGAGACUCGGUUUUGGCUGUGGCUGUGGCUGUGGCGCAAUCUCGUCUUCUGACCCGUCCUCGUCCUCGUCCUCAUCCUCGUCCUCUUGCUGUUUCCGCUGCGCGAGCUUCUCCUGCAGCUCCCUCUCUUCCUGCUCCUUUUGCGCCCGUCUCAGCGCGCGCGACGACAUGGCGAGUGUUGGUAUUGUUGCUGUGUUCAGCGGCGAGCGCGGCGGUCAACCUCCCUCGCGGCGUCCAACCCUGCAAACUCCCGCUCACCUCCUCCGUGCCUGUCCCGUGCCUGCCCCAAUGCGUCGGGCGGCCCUCCAAGCAGCGCGCUCCGUCCGUCGUCCCUGUCUGCGCCGGUUCGCCCGCAGCCGUGUCGCGUUCGCGUUCGCGGCGCCGGGCAUCGGGCCAGCCCACGGCAGCCUCGGCCACCACAGCGGACGCGCGCGACCAUCGGCGCCGCUCCUCACCUCGUCGAUGCAAUUCCGCGCCAUCACAGGCGCGCUGGUAGCUGCCGCCGUCGCCUCCGGGGCCUUCUACGCUUACAACGGCACCCAGUCCCGCAGCGCGGCCGCCUCGCCCGUCGCCCAGCAAGCGGCCGCCCUCAGCACGCAGCCGGACAGCGAGCCGACGCGCAAGGCCCUCGUCGUCGGGCAGGGCGAGCUGUUCACGGGCACCAUUACCGGGUCGGGCCCCAUCGCCAAGGAGACGGACGAGUACGGCCGUCGCGUCGUCGAGAUGCUGGACCCGCACCAGGCCACGGCCAAGCUGCGCAAGAACGAGGAGUCGUGGCUCGUCGGCCGCGGCGCCGGCGUCGUGCGCUACGACGUGGUGCAGCUCCCCAGCAACGACCCCAUCGAAGACGACCACGCCGAGAAGAUCAUCGAGGUGCCCUCCACCCUGGCGGCCACCGACGACGGCGCCCCGGCCACGGACUGGAUGUUCUGGGGCGUCUUCGACGGACACAGCGGCUGGGUCACGUCGGCCAAACUGCGCCAGACGCUCAUCUCCUACGUCGCGCGCGAGCUCAACACCACCUACAAGGCCGCGCUCGCCGACCCCGCCCAGCGCCUCCCGACCCCAGCGUCCAUUGACAAGGCCAUCAAGAGCGGCUUCGUGCUCCUCGACAACGAAAUCGUCCACGAGUCGGUCAAGAAGGUCAAGCAGGCAAAGACCAAGAUCGCUGCCGCCGAGCUGCUGGCCCCGGCCCUCUCCGGCUCCUGCGCCCUGCUCUCCUUCUACGACAGCCGCUCGAAGCUCCUCCGUGUGGCCUGCACCGGCGACUCUCGCGCCGUGCUGGGCCGUCGAGCUGCCAACGGCAAGUGGACCGCCACCCCUCUCUCCGAAGACCAGACCGGCGGCACCACCACCGAGGCCGAGCGACUCCGCAGAGAACACCCCGGCGAGCCCAACGUCGUGAGGAACGGCCGCGUGCUUGGCGGGCUGGAGCCCUCUCGUGCGUUUGGCGAUGCUUCGUACAAGUGGUCCCUCGAGACCAACGCCGAGCUGAAGAAGUCGUACUUUGCUCGCUCCCCGUCAGCGCUCCUGAAGACGCCUCCCUACGUCACUGCCGAGCCCAUUGUCACCACCACAAAGGUCGACCCUGACAAGGGCGACUUCGUCGUCAUGGCCACGGACGGACUGUGGGAGAUGCUCACCAACGAGGAAGUCGUUGGCCUCGUCGGGCAGUGGCUCGACACGCAAGCCAGCGUGACCGGCCCGAGCCCCCAGGCGCAGUCGUGGCUCAAGAGCUGGUGGUCGUCGGAGAAGCAGCUUCCCAUUGACCAAAAGGACAACGGCGCCGGUGCCGGCCAGCGUGCCCCCAUCCGCCAGCAGCAGUGGGGCACCAAGACCAACCUGAACGAGCGCUUCGUCGUCGAGGACAAGAACGUUGCAACCCAUCUCGUCCGCAACGCUCUCGGAGGAAAGGACCAGGACCAGCUCAGUGCUCUGCUCACUCUGCCGAGUCCCUUUUCGAGGCGCUACAGGGACGACUUGACUGUCGAGGUCAUCUUCUUUGGCCAAGGCGCCGCCGACGGCAAGGUCACACUGAACCAGGAAGCCAGUGCAUCAGCAGCUGAACCGAGAGCCAAGCUGUAA